AUGUGCAGCAAGAAUAGCAAGAAUGUCGUUCUGCCUGGGAAAGCGUCAGGUGUCAGCACCGCAAGGAACGCAGGCCUUGUCUUGGCAGUGAUCUGUGGGAUGCUUCUGCGAGAUCUCCUGAUAAGCUGCAUGCAUUCUUGUUUUCCAAACAGCCCUUCGCUCGAUCAGCAACAAGAUCCGACAAUGAUCGGGCAGGGUAGCGCAAACGUGGGAGAGGAGUUUCGGCUUGUUCUGUCGACCUCGUCCCUGCUGAACAUCUCUACCUACGUGCACAACCUCUCAUUGACAUCGAAUGGACUGAACGUCACAAGACUGAAAAAACUAUUCACUAGGCUGACAGUGGAGGACAUCUUGCUGCUCUCGAGCAUGAAGAAAGGAGUCUCCAGGCUAGCAGGAGCAACCCCGGACCCACGAAACGCUUCUAGCAAGAUGCAGAACAGCUCCUCGUCCUACAACCUCAGCACCGCAGACAGACGAGCCUCGAGCUCUGCUCUGCUCGCAGGUCAAGCGCUGCAGUCUAACACCACGGGGACCUUCAAGGCUGCUGCAGCAUCCGAGGUGGUCCGGCGGAGGAUAAGCCUGAGCCCUCUCCUCACCAAGAGCUUUCAAAGGCCGUCAGUGGGCGGAGGCAAGUCAGGUGGGCCGGUAUUUGUGUUUUGGGCAGGAGUAGAAGGCACUGGACAUCAUCUCAUCGAUCAGCUGGGCAAGAAUCACCCUCAUGUCCGCACUGACCAAGAAGCCGUGCAGAUGACGUGUCUGCUCUGGAACGAGCAGGGUCAGAACGGUCUCUUCAACGUGAGGUGGCAUGGAAGCCCAAGGACGGCGAGCUCUGCGAUCGCUGAGAUUGUCAGACGCUCUCGGCGUAGGCAGCAGUCUCCUUCCUUCUACUUCCUGAGCGGACUAGAGCAUAGCUCCAGCUGCUCUACGGGAAUGCUCUCAUACCCCAACUACGCAGGCCCAAGCGAAAGAACGCCGGACGUGGCCAAGCUUGUCAAGGCGAUGCGGCGAUCGGAGGCUAACUUCAAGGUGGUCGUCUUGAUCCGAGACGCGCUGAGCAUCAUCUGCUCUUGCUCGAUCAAGCGCAACUUCAGGCCCUGGAACGAACAAGCUCAGAGGCUUCGGGCGGCAGCCUUGGACCUGGUCGCUCAGCUUCGACACCUCGACGCGAGCGAGUACAUAUGCUUGGACUACAAUGGGAUCGCCGGAGGGUCUUCGGUGGAGACCUUGGACAACUUCCUGUACGACGGGAGAGCUCCAGACACAAGCAUAGGGAAGAAGAUGAAACAAAUCUUCAACAAGCCGAGGUACCAGCCUGCAGCAACGUGCUCUGACUAUCAGUGUGAUCAUGCGUUUGGAAGACAAAGGUAUCAGAUAUCAGAAGGAGAGUGCAUGUCAGCGUCAGAGCUACACGAUGCGAUGGAGGUACUGCGGCAAACGUGUCCCAAUCACAUUCCAGCAGACAUGGUGUCGUUCCCGAGCACAGCGUGA